GAAUAAUAUGAAAAACAUGGAAGUAUGAAGAUAUAUUUGGCUUUUACGAUGAUAUUCUUUUGAUGAUGCAGAAAAAAGUAAAUCUGUAAAGUUUCUUGGAUCAGAUCUUGUUAGGUCGGAAUAAUGAUGGAUGGAAAAUCUAGGCAGAGACCAGGAAUCCUAGUACGUGCAGCAGGAAGACCUAGUCUAGGUCAAGUUUCUAGCUUUGUAGAUUUAUUUCGACAAACUUUCGCAAGUGUGAAAUCUGUACCAGAUAUUGGAUCAACAUCUCCUAGAAGUCUGCAAGUUCUGAACAGUGGAGGUAAUGAUAUAGUGAAUGGUAGAAUGAGUUCUCCUCCAAAACGACAUCUUGCAGAUAUACGGUACUCAUCUCUGUCACCCAGUCAACAUGGAAGAAGAGACAAACAACAAUACGGUUCCGUUGGCGACGUCACCUCAACAUCAAGGAUAGUAAAUGAACUUGAUACUACAAUGAACAAGAACAACAAUGGUCCAAAGAAACCAGCAGAUAAAGGUCCUUUAGAUGGUGAUGCUUCAGACUCCCAUAAUGACACUGUACCACCUUCAUCUGUCAGGACCUCUCUGCCCAAAAAACCCCCUAAGCCCAUGCCGAAACCCUCUAAACCAUUACAUGGAAAUGAGAUAUCUGUUUAUGAUGAUUCUUUAGACCCACAUGGUAACAAAGUGCCAUCCUCAUUGAAUUCACUUUCGCAAACAACUUCUUCUUUUGUUGAGAAUGUACCAACAAAUUCAGUUAUUCCACACACAGAGCCUGUACCUGAUUCUAAAGAAGAUAAUUAUUUGGUAUACAAACCAGAUAUCAGUUCUGUUAAGGACUACAGUUCUGAUACAAAUGAAGAAAAGUUGGUUGAUGAGAAAAACUUACCUGCAGUUAAAACUAUUGUAGCAAACUUUGAAAAAAGCUUUAAAACAAGAAAGAAAAAAAUAAGUAAAAGUACUAAUAAAGGUCAAACAAUGUUAUAUAAUUUAGACAAGGCUUCUAAAUAUGAGGAUGUAUGUAAAGCUCCUGAAUAUACUGAUGAAAAUAAAGCCUCCAUAGUAGAUUUGGAUAUAGAUAAAGCUUCUGUGGAUUCUGACAUGCUUAAAGCAACUCAAGAUGUUGAGGGAGCUGUUGGCGGUCACGACAUUCAUGGAAUUUUACAAAGCAGUUCUUCUGAUAUUACUCAGAAAAAAAUUUCCUCUGUACAGUUCAAUGAUGAAGUAACUGUUGAAAUGUUUUCCCAAACAGAUCCAACUGCUUCCAGCACAACCAAAGCAGUGCUUGCUCAGGGAGAUGGCCCUUCAUCCCCAGCAAGUCUUAAAUGCAGUAGAAUAACCUACCUUAAUGAAUCAGGCACUAUAUCUGAUGCACCAAGACAAAUUAAUUUUGAUGACAUAGAAACAUUUUCUGAAAGAAAUCCAACUCCAGUAAAUUUGAUCAACAGUCAAACAGAAAGUAAAAACAAAGAGCAAUUAAAGAGGAAAGAUAGCAUGCCAAAGGUACUGUCACCUACUGCCCUGCUUCGUAAAAAACAGAAAGUUGUAGCUUCCAGCCAGAUACAUAUGUCAAGCCCAUCAUCAUCCAGCUCUGCCGAUGAUAGACCUAGAUCACCUAGUGAUGACGAAUUUCCUUUACCUUUUGAUGAAAAUAUACAAAUGCCUGUAAGACAAUAUCAUCAUAAAAAAUCAGAUGUAGGCAUGAAAUCUUUGGUUUCUCAUAAAAAGUUAUUUGAUAGUAAAUUAUCAGAGAGAAUUUAUUCACCAGAAAUCAGAUCUAGUGAAGAAAAUUUCUCUUUGUCAGGGUAUAAUUUUACUGAUUAUAUGAUUGACAGUCCAGAAAAGAUUAAAGAAAUCACUACUGAUUAUUUGAUUGACAAACCAGGAAAGAUUAAAGAAAUAACUACUGAUGAUAUGAUUGACAGUCCAGGAAAGAUUAAAGAAAUCACUACUGACAGUCCAGGAAAAAUGAAAGAAAUCACUACUGAUUAUAUGAUUGACAGUCCACGAAAGAUUAAAGAAAUCACUACUGAUUAUAUGAUUGACAGUCCAGGAAAGAUUAAAGAAAUCACUACUGACAGUCCAGGAAAGAUUAAAGAAAUCACUACUGAUUUUAUGAUUGACAGCCCACGAAAGAUUAAAGAAAUCACUACUGACAGUCCAGGAAAAAUUAAAGAAAUCACUACUGAUUAUAUGAUUGACAGUCCACGAAAGAUUAAAGAUAUCACUACUGAAUAUAUGAUUGACAGUCCAGGAAUGAUUAAAGAAAUCACUACUGAUUUUUUGAUUGACAGUCCACGAAAGAUUAAAGAUAUCACUACUGAAUAUAUGAUUGACAGUCCAGGAACGAUUAAAGAAAUCACUACUGAUUAUUUGAUUGACAGUCCACAAAAGAUUAAAGAUAUCACUACUGAUUAUAUGAUUGACAAUCCAGGAAAGAUUAAAGAAAUCACUACUGACAGUCCAGGAAAGAUUAAAGAAAUCACUACUGAUCAUAUGAUUGACAGUCCAGAAAAGAUUAAAGAAAUCACUUAUGAAUAUCCCUCCAUAUCAAAAUAUCCAGUAAGCCCUACCUUACCAGAACUCCAGCAAAAAAUAAUUGAUGAGAACUUUAGGGGAACUGUUGGUACAGUCUCAGGUAUAUAUGGGAGACCUGAUGAACUAGCUUCAGAUAAAAUAAUUGAUGUUACAAGUACUGACAUUGACAGCUUUAAGUAUACAAGCUCAUCCAAACAAAAUGAAAAAGAAUCUGAUAGAAAAAGUUUUGAUAGAAUUACUGGAGGAAUAGGUUCAUUCAGUUACAUAAGCCCCUCAAAAGUACACCAAAAGAUUUCGGAUAGAGAGUAUACAGAUAAAAAUACAUCAGGAAUAGGUUCAUUUAGCUACAUUAGCCCCUCAAAACUACAUCAAAAGAUUUCGGAUAGAGAGUCUGCAGAUAAAUAUACACCAGGAAUAAGUUCAUUAAGCUACAUUAACCCCUCAAAACUACACCAAAAGAUUUCUGAUAGAGAGUCUGCAGAUAAAUAUACACCAGGAAUAGGUUCAUUUGGCUACAUUAACCCCUCAAAACUACACCAAAAGAUUUCUGAUAGAGAGUUUGCAGAUAAAUAUACACCAGGAAUAGGUUCAUUUAGCUACAUUAGCCCCUCAAAAUUACACCAAAAGAUUUCGGAUGGGGAAACUGCAGAAGCAGUCACACCAGGUAUAGGUUCAUUUAGUUGCACAACACCAUCAGAUAAAACAAUGAAAGCUGCAACAGAUAAGGUCUUUGCUGUUCAUAAUCAACAACAUAGCAUACCUUCACUAUCAAAACCUCAUACUGAAAGUGUUAAAGUGUCAGCAGCUGUUAGUCCUGGCAUUGGUACUUUCUCUUAUACAUCACCGUCAGAACUGCUGUUAAAAUAUGCCAAACUCAGAGAGUCUGUUGAUAAAGAUAUGGAAAGAAAAGGCAUUAUCAUGCACAGCAGGGACAACAUGGAAUCCUUUAAGAAAGUAAUUAUGCAACACUUUAAAGAUAUGCCAUAUGCAGAUUUGUUAAAUGAAGAGUUUGAUAAAUUUGAGAUUACUAAAGAACAAUACAAACAUUGGAGAAAACGUUAUGAAAGGGAGCAACAUUUGGAUAAUUUACGUUUGUGGACACAUGCUAAUUCUCAGUCUGAUGUUUUACUCAAGAAAGUCCUUUCUGAUGCAAGUUCUUUAGGUGAUAUAGAACGUUUGAACACUGACCCAGGUGUUGAAGUUAAAUUUGAUGAUGAUCAACUGUUUGGUGAAAGGAAGAAUGAGAAUUUAAAAGUAUCAGGUUUAAAUGAAGAUAGCAUGGUUGAAGUGACAGAGAGUAAAGCUAAGGGAAUGCCAAAAGAGAGGCACCACAAUUUAACAGAACCAAGGAUAGAAAUAAAAAAUGGUUGGCAAAAAAGAUGUAAAAGAAAAGAAAGGUUGGAUAACAUCCGGAGAUGGACUCAAGAUAAUUCACAGUCAGAUGUGUUACUUAAGAAAACUGUAUCUGAUGAAUCAAGUUGCUUAAUUAAAAGUAAUGACAGUUCCUUUUCUGAUCUAGAUAUGAAUGUUCUGGGAAAAGAAGAAGGUAUUCUCAUAGAAGGCACUGAUGGAAAUGACCUUCACUCAGCACUAGCAUACAUUCAGCAUAGUCUUGUACAGUUUAUGUUACAUAUCAAGGAAAAGCAUUUGAAUGGCACCCCAAUAACAGAUGAAGACUUUAAAGAGCUAUUUCGACUACAAGCUUUCAUGUCUGAAAUUUCAAACCAAGUGGAAGGGAGCACAAAGCAAACAGAUGAGAAGGAAUCAGAUUUGACUAUUGGAACUGAUGGUUGCGAACAAAAUCAUGACCUGAUAUUGUUCAACAAGAUAAGAAACCAGCUUGAUUGGACAAGAAUUAUGCUGAAUAUUGCAUGCAGCAACAUGGCUGCUCACCAGUCUGAUUUAAGAGUGGAGUCUGUAGAUUCUAUUGAGAGUGGUUACUUGGGUGAGACUGAUCUUAAUGAAGAGGAAGCAGAGUCAGAUGUUGAUGAUAUAUCAUUUCCACAGGAAUCUGAAUACAUGUUUAAAACAGUUUCCAGUGAUACUGGUUACCUUGGUGAUGAAGAUAAAAGUGAUACUAAAAUAAAUGGAACACAAGGAACUUCAGACAAGCUUGGGAACAAAACUGGUCUGAGGUUGAAGAAGAAUAAGGUCAAAGAUGUGAAAGGAAAGGCAGGUUCAAGUGAAGAUUCUGCUAGAGGAUGUGAUGAAAUAGGCGAUGAUGUUGUUGAGAAGACUGGUAAUCAUAAGAAUGAUGAGGGAAGUUAUUAUGACACAGGGAAUAAGGGAGGUAAUUCUGUAACUUCAUUAGAAGUUCAUGCACCUGAUAGUGAUACAGGGACAAAAGAGAAUUCAUCAAAAAUGGUUAAGUUACUGACAUGUGUCGAAUAUCCAAGUGACUCUAAGGAGGUUGAGUUUGAUGUGGGUCAUACCUAUGUAAAGUUAGGGACAGAGGGGUGGUACAGUGUUGAAGCUCAACAAGAGGGGAUAACUUCUGAGGCGGUUGAGCAGCAUUUAUCUCUUAUGGAAGGGUCACCAGACAGGGGUCAAAAGUUAUUUGGGUCAUCACAGAAUCUGGAAAGGAGAGAUGGUGGAGGUGGAAAAAGAAAACAAGCAUCUAGAAGUAUGACACCUGAUUCUCGCUUUAUGCUAGACAAGGAAGUUACAGAGAGUCAGAACCGAAAACUACAGACAGAGGUCGCCACAUUACAAACUGAAAAUAGACUGCUGAAAGAUAAAUAUAACCGGGCUCAAGCUUUGUAUUAUCCUAUGAUUUCGAGUUUAGAGAAAAGGUUAGAGAGUUCACAUAGAGCAACUGACAUGGCCAGACACAACUCGGAGAAAUCAAGAACGCUAGAAGCUCAUAAAUCAGAAAUAACCUCGUUAAAGGAAGAAUUAAGUAGAGUGAAGGCUUUAUUAGAACAGAGUGAGAGGCAUUUACGAGACGAGGAAGAGAGGCAUGCAGUGGCGGGGAAAGAGAUUGUCAAACUUACCGAGCUUAAGAAUGCCUUACAACAGCAGGCAGAUACAGGAGGAAUAGCUGCAACCACUGAUAAACAGUUGAAAUCGUUGGAGAAGAGAUUGAAAGUAACGGAGGAGAGGCUGCACCAGGAACGAGCCGACAGAGCUAACAACCUGUCUGCUGUCGAGGAUAAACUGUUAACAGAAAAUGCUAAACUACAGGCAACGGAAAAGGAGCUGGGGCGACAACUUCACCGAGAGAAGGAGAAAAAUCGUAACUUUGAACAACGUGUGAAACAGUUACGAGAGGAAAACGAGAAGUUACGAUUAGCCAUGCCAUUUGAUGAUACAUCACUGUUGUCUAAUAAAGGAAAUUAUGACAUUCCAUACAGCAGCCAUAGCAAUCAGAGAGCGGAAACUAUGAAGCACAUUUCUGAUGAUAUGAAUUAUAUACUGUCACAAAUUGAGAAACAAGAUGGCCUCCAGUCUGGUGACGAUGCAGAAAUCAUACGAACACUCUGGAACAAACGAGAGCUUGCAUACAGACAGCUCCGUGAAUAUGAUCUACAAUUUCAGGAAUUACACAUAACUGACAACAAUAUUGCAGAUGGGCUAAAGAAUUUAAGAGAUACAUAUGGACAGGCAGAAUCAAAGUUACGAGACAUGGAGGAAUGUGUUGAGGAUGCCAAGGCCCAAGUGUCAACAUUAGAUGCUACCUACCAACAGCAGCUGUCAGUGUUAGUUAAUGAGCGACACACGGCAUUUGCUCGAUUAAAAACUGCUGAGGAUCUAUUGGAGGCAAUAAGGGCGGAGAAUGAAGUGUUACAUCAUAGUUUGGCUAUUGGUCAGACAGGUACGGGACAUAGACAACCUGGAGAUCAUUCUGGUAAAAGUCCCGAUGCCCUACAGGCGGAGAUGACCCAGCUUGAGAGUAAAGUAUCGCAACUUACGCGAGCCAAUCAGAUGAUGGAGGCGGAGCUUAAAACCAUACGUGUUCAACUAGAUGCCAGAGAUAAAGCAUUAAAGGAUGUACAAACAGAGCUAGAUUUGGCCUACAACAGACUUAAAGGAGAUGACAGUGAAGACAGAAAACAGGAAAAAAUAGAUAAACUUUCUGCUCAGGUGAGCAGUCUUCAGGUAGAAUUAAAACUGAUAACAGAUAAAUAUACAAGUAUGAUGUCGGAGAAUACAAAACUGGAGUCAGAGAUAAAUAGCUUGAAAAGGCAGACGGGUUCACAAAAAACCAGGCACUUGAAAUCGGAACAGACUGAUAACAAGGCUAUACAGCAGUUAAAAGAGGGUAUAGAAGAAAGGGACAGUAAGUUAACCAGUCUAACUAAACAACUUGACGAUCUUGAAAACCAACUACAGAAAACCAGACAAGAUCUAUAUAUAGAACAGAUGCAUACAGAGGAACUUGAGUCAGAGAUAAUAUCUUUGGACGUCAAUCUGAGUGGAGCACGGGACCGUUGUGUAGAGUUAGAAGAAGAGGUCAGGCGACUACGUAAAGUUAACUCGGGAGAUAGCGAGGAUCAAGAGGCGUAUACUGAAGAUGAACAAAGCUCCGCCCACCAACUUAAGAUUAAAGAGUUGGAGAAAGAAAGAUCUCUUCUUAAACAGGAAUUAGAGCAAGCCUACAGUGCUAUUCAAGCAUCAGAAGAACAGUACCGUACACUACAAACUGAGAGCGCCCAGUUAGAACAAGAACUUGUGAAGGAGAAGACUGUGAUAUUACAAAUUACUGCUGAGAAAGGGGAGAUAGAGCAACAUUUAGAGGAGUUGGCAGAGGAGCAUGAAUCAUUGAUACAAGAGAAAACCCAGGCCGAGGAAGAUUUGAUCAAGCUGGAAACCAAACUACAGGAAAUACUUCAGAAAUAUGAAACCCAGGCCAGGAAACAGCACAAUAACUUUGAGCAGGAGUAUCCAGGGCUGCCUCCAGAGGCGAGAAAGCUUGUGACAGAGAUGGAAACUUUAACAUUGAUACUUGAUGGUAAAGAGAGAGAAAUGGGCAUGCUAAAUGAUAAAAUCAACCGUCAGGUUAUAGAGAUAGAUUUUUUACAUCGUAAAGUGGAGCUAGUACACAAUGACAGUAUAGCAAAUAGAGAAGACAUAGCUAGAAUGAUCUCAGAACUCACUCUCAAGAUGAAAGAAGCAGUAUCAACAAGGGAGGUAAAUCAGUUUCUGGUAGGGGAGAGAACUAAGUUACAAAACGAGAAAUCUCACCUAGAGAAAGAGCUUGAGAUUGAGAGAAAAAACAACGAUGAGAGAAAGGUUGAGAUUCAAGAUGUCAUUAGAAAAAGUAAGCCAAAUUACUCCCCAAGGGAUCUGGAAGAAAGAGAGGGGGAGUUAUCUAACAUAAAAGAUGAACUUAGUAACACAAAGGUCGAGUUAGAUAGUAAUAAAGGUCAACUACUCAUUACCAAGGAUACAGUACAGAAACUUACACAAGAUAAAGGAACCAUUUAUCAAGGUAAACUGAAAAUAUCCACAUGUUUAAGUUGUAAAGUAGAGUAUAAGAUUGAAGCUAGUUUAAGUUUACUUGAUGCAACAUCUGUAUUCAGACCAAGUGAGAUGAGUUUGAGGGCAUCUGCUGAUACAGUGUUGAGAUAUAAACAUAGUGAUAGACAAGAAAGUAACUUAUUUUCUCUCCAAAUGUUAGAAUGUGUAUUGGAUAUACAGUGGAAGAAAAUGUUUCAUCAUGUAUUUUCUGUAUAUUUUAGAAAGGAGAGAGACAAUAUAAAUGAGCAGUUAAAACAGAAGGAGAUACAGCUGAACACAUUUGGUAAAACUUUACAAGAGUUGGAAUCUGUAACAAGAGAGAAGAGACAACUUGAAGCUCAUGUUCAGAAAUUGGAAUCCUCUACUGGGGACUCCAAGGUGCUACUUGAUGGCCAGAGAAAAGAGUUAAUGGCCCUAAAUGAAGCUCUUGCCAAAUUACAGGAGAGAAACACUCGUCUAGAAGCCGAAAACCAUACCAUUCAUGCUGAUCUGAAGGCUCAAAAGGAAUGUGGGAACCGCGAGGCUCGGGAAUUAAAUAUUUCAAUAAAUGAAUUAAAAUCUCAACAUGAAAAUGAACGACACUUCCUCAAUGAUAAUCUUUCACAAACACAAACAAGAUUACGGUCAGUGGAAGCAAGCCUGGCUGCAGCAGCUAGUGACAGAGAUUCCAUGCAGGCAAAGUGUCGUCUGCUAGAAAACACUGUACAGGAACUGCAGUCUAAGUUAUCAGACGAGAGCACUGGACGAAGACUGGCCGAACAAUCUGUAGGAACACUCAGGUUACAACUGGAGGACAUGAAAAAUGACAAGAAUGUAAUUGAAGCUCGCUUUGUGGAGAUGAGGAACCAGGUAAUGAAGGCAGAGGAGAAGUUGAGGAUAGAAGAGGAGAAAUGUGUGGCUACAUCAGCACAACUUCAGGAACUAAAUGCUAUCUCCCAUACCAAUAAAUCAACGGUUAAAGCCAAGUCGGAACAAGUAGAAAUGUUACAGAAGGAGAUUAGUAAUUUGAAACAGAUUAUAGAAACACAGAAACAGAAUCUUAAUGGUAAAAUCAAAAAGUCAGCUCUAGAAUAUCAACAACAAAUUGAAAACAUUGAAGAAGAGAAGGAUAAAUUUCAGUUAUUAAAUCAACAAUUAUCGACAGAUCUUGACUCAUGCAGGGAACAUAUUGCCAGCAAAAAUAAAGAAAACCUUAAGCUACAAGAGGAGAUAUUGGUGCUAGAGGAUAAUGUUAGAGAAUGUAAGGUGAAACAGAAACAUGCUGAGGAUACAUUAAAGAUAGAGGCUGAUAAACAAAUGGAGUUACAUGCUAGGUUUGAAGCAGAGGAGGAAGAAUUGAAAAGAUUACGUAAUUUUCUGGCUAGGAAAGUAGAAUCAGGUGACUCAGAUAAAACCAUGUGGCAGGAGAUGAAUCGAGUAAUUCAAGAUCUGAGUCGUCAAAUGACUACACAUCUAGACUCAACAAGGGGUGGAGACAAAGAGAAGAGUCCCGAGUCCCUUGUAUCUAGGUUACGUAAACAGGUAGCUGAAGUUCAGGGUGAACUAAGUACAGAGAAAUCCCUACAUCAGAUCACUAAGACGUCGUUGGUGGCGCUAGAAGAAGAUUGUCAAAGGUUACGUAAACAGUUACAUCAUUAUCGGAGACGUGAUCCACCUUCCGGAGAAAAAAAACACAAAAACAGAAUGGAGGCAAUCAAUGCUAUAAUUGCCAGGUCACAGUCCCAGGCGCAAGCUCUUCUGUCUUCAGGGGGUUACUUUGAUGACAGUAUGGUCAGCCCUAGAGUCCGCACACACCAGGCCAGUACCAGAGUUGGAUUUCACAGUCCACGUCAUGCAGACUCCCCGGACAAUUCCUACUGUGAAGAUUUGUCCGUUGCUAGUUUACCACCAAUGCAUUAUGGGCUUCCAUCUUCAAAAUCAUAGUAUAGCUUAUGCAUUUUGAACUGUAUAGUAGCAUAUAGCUAGUACAUACUGAAUUGUACAGUAGAGUAUAGCUAGUGCAUACAUGAACUGCACAGUAUAGUAUAGGUACUGUACAGUAAUAUGGUCAUCAAGUUUAGUUAAUGGAUAUUGAAAUGUCUUGAUUAAUAAGUUAUUUAGUUGGUGCAUAUAAUACACAAGUAUUACAGUUCAGUGUGUUUUAUUAAUUUUAGCCAAGACAAAUACUGUGUACAUUACCAUUGUAGUUUUUCACAAUUCAUACAGUAUAGACUUAUCUCGAUGGAAUAUUGUAAAAGUAUAGCCUAUACAUACUGAACUGUCAUAAAACAUUGUAUUAAAUCUUACUAUGCAUUAUUUCUACAGCAGCUGAUUACAAAUUUGUAUGAUAUUUUAAGAGAAUAUAACUGCCAGUAUUUUAUUUUGAUAUUGUCAGUCAUAUGAUAUUAUAUAGUUUAAUAGUAGCAGUAACUAGAAAAACAUACAGAAUAUAUAAAUGAUUAUAUCUUUUUUAUAUGUUUUAUAUAAGUAUUUACUGUAGAAAUUAGUCACAAACAUUCCGUCCUUGAUGCUUUACAUGACUUAAUUUUCAUAAACAUUAAAUUAUAAUCAAAACCACAAUACUAGGAGAAAUUCAUAGAU